AUGAUGCUGCGAAAAGGCUCAAGUCUCGGACACCAGCCGGUUCUGGAAAGAGUGCAAGUACCCAAAGCGUGCAUCGCUCGGGACCUGCUCACGGGUUCGCCUGCAGAGCUGAGGCGCGUCUCCAAGAAGCUCACUGGAACCAUCGGGAACCGUUUGCGAGAACUCGAAGACCUACUGCAUUCCAUCCCGAAUAACGCGGAUACAACGGUGAGCGUACCUACGCUUGGCAAGUUGCUCGUGCGUACUGAGCAUCUCAGGGUGUACCUAGUCGCUCUCAAAGAGGUGGUUACGGCUUUGCGCCGACAGUCUCCGGACGGUGAACUGCCAAGCGUUGAUAUCGAGGGCCAACUUGACGCCUUUCUGCAAUGGUUCAAUAAGCUAGACAAGCUCGUCGAGCGACGACUAGACAAAGUGACCGAGGCAGCGCCUGGAGUGGAGCGCCUGGCGUCUGCCGAAGCGUUGCCUCGGAGGGAGCAGUCCGACCCCGAGACCGUCGUUGCUGAGACGCUCGCGGAAUACGCUCCUUUUUUUAAGUUGUUUGAGCCUAUGGAAACGAAACGAGAAGAAGGGCAGGAAAUCAAACAGCCUGUACUGCGACGCCGACGAAGCCACCCUGGCAAGGAGCAUACCUGGUUGGAGCUUCCAUCGGUCGCAGCGGACCCCACCGGACAAGUCUCAUCGACGAGCUCGCGAUAUGCCAUCAAAGCACCAGAUGGGGUUCUCGCGCAUUUCCAGCUUCAGGACAGGUACGUUGAGGUCUUAUCGGAUACCGUAGGUCGCAUACGUGAGCAUGCAGAACAGAUUGAAGAAUCGGUGACGCGAGACAAUGAGAUAUUGGAUCGGAUGCAACCCAAGUUGGAGCGGAAUCUGGAGAGUGUCCGAACGCAGCAGGGAAGGCUGCAGACCUACGUGAACGAACGGGUGCGCUCCAUCUGCUCCCAGUGGCUAUUGGUAGCGGUUGCCAUCGCGCUAUGGUUCGUUGCUUUCUUGGCGAUCCGGAUGGGGUAG